GAACAGGAAGUCGGGAAACAAGGAUAUAACCUUGGAAGAGCGGUGGCGGCGGCGGACGGUUUCUCCCUGGGACCGGAUCACAGCGCUGUCAGACACAUUAGAAUUAAGCAGCGGUGUUUUUAACUAAAGUAUCUUAUUAUGUCCUUGUUAGGCCGUCCCUCUUUGUAGACACCUAGGCGCGUUUUAGAAAGAGGACACACUGGCUCAGGUGCAUUGGUGCUACAAUAGAGAGAGAGAGAGAGAGAGAGAGAGAGAGAGAGCGGUGGGCUUUUUUUUGGAAGUGAAAGUGUUCAUUGAUUAAUCUGAUGUAUUGUGUCAGAGCACAAAGCCUUGUCUGCCUCAUCUAGAGCGCCCGCCCAUUGGGCUUUCUGCGGAGCGAUAGUGGGAGAUUGAUUAGAGUCUCCGGGAUUUCCGUGGAGAGCGAGAGAGAGAGAGAGAGACAGAGCCUGCUUGGACCGCGGAUUUGCUCUCCCACCCAUCAGUGACGGGGAGGAGAAAAACCAUAGCAAAGACUUAAUUUCAGACUCUAUAGCACCAGCGCUCCCAGAUCGCCUGUAUUCAUUUAGUGUCCUGUCUCUAAAGCAGGUUUUCCAAAAUAAGCGCAAGUCACGCUGGACUUUUUUUUGUGUGUGUGUGUCUUUUUUUCCCCCGAGGAGGCUGUGAGUGUUGAAUCGCCUCCGCAGUCUCGGAUGCGUAGUAAACGGAGAGUGGGUUGGGUCGCUCAGGCGCCUGGCACAUAAGCGCACGUCGUCAGCGAUAAAAGCAGAUAGGUGAGGGUGAAAGCGAGGGGGAGAGACACCCGAAGCUUUGUUUUUUUUAUUUUUUUCCUCCUCCCCCCCUCCGCCACCACAAGCAGGAGGACACCGGAGAGGUGAGUCGGACACCGCCGGACUCACCGGUUGUGGAUUUGACUCUAAACCCCGGCCGCUUUUGUCGCUCGGGAUUCGUAGACCUCCUUUUUUUCUUUUUUUCUCCUCUCCAUCUCCUGCUUUCUGAUUCAGGACCACCGGUUUGAUCACAUUGUCAAAACCCGACCAGACAUCAUCAUCAUCAUCACCUCCUCCUCAUCUAAAGGGAAUAUUGGAAGUGAAUCUGCGGGGCAACACACACACACACACACACACACACAGAAUGGCAACCGGUGCGCUCCUGCUCGCCUGCGCGCUGCUCGCCGGUUUUGCUGCGGCUCAGAGGGUGGUAACGGUGCAAAGUGGACCGCUGAUACGGACUGAGGGCUCUCAUGUGACCAUCUGGUGCAACGUGACAGGCUACAAAGAGGGCGUGGAGCAGGACUUUGAGUGGUCCAUGUAUCUACCAUCAGUGCCGGACAGGGAGAUCCGCAUCGUCAGCACGGCUCAGCCAAACUAUGCCUACGCCGUUUAUGCCCAGAGGGUGAAUAGUAAAGAGAUCUUUGUGGAGAGACUGUCCCGCGACUCAGCUGUGCUCCACAUCACCAAAGUGCAGGCCAAGGACCAGGGUCUGUUUGAGUGUUACACACCCAAUACAGAUGGCCGGUACUUGGGAUCCUACAGCGCACGCACUAACCUCACUGUAAUCGCCGACUCGUUGACAGUAACAGCACCAGCCCAAACUCUGUCCAAGGUCGAAGGCGACACACUACAGCUCAACUGCGAGGUGUCUCGGACCACAAUGCAACACACUCACUUAUCAGUUGGCUGGUACCUGCGGUCCCCAGAGGACGCGGCAGCCCCGCCUCAGGAGCUGGUCACCUUGUCAAGGGACUUUGUUCUGCGCUCUGGGGGACCGUACCGGCAGAGGAUGGCAGCAGGGGACCUCAGGCUGGAUAAAACCAGCGCUACGGCCUACAGGCUGACCAUUCACAAGCUGCAGCCAGUGGACCAGGGUCUGCUCUACUGCCAGGCUGCCGAGUGGAUCCAGGACACAGACGGCAGCUGGUUUGCCAUGACACGCAAGCAGAGCGACAAGACUCAGCUUCGCAUUCAGCCCACUGAUCGGGACUUCAGCAUCCAGGUGAGCACGGAGCGACGGUCCUUCACGGCCGGUGAGCCGCUGGAGCUUCGCUGCACCAUCGAGGCCCAGAAUGUGCCAGAGCGUUUCUUCUCGGUGUCGUGGGUCUUCAGCAGCUCACCGGUGGCCGUGGUGGGCCCCAGUGCCGUGCCUGUCCUGGGCCCCGAUUACGUCGCCCGUGAGGCGACUGGUCACAUGACAGUGCGCAAAGAGAGCACCAACGUGCACCUGCUCAAGUUGCAGCACCUACGCCCCGAAGAUGCUGGGAAAUACAUCUGCCGUGUGACGGAGCGGGAGAAGACACCCACAGGAGACUUCAUCGACCGCAGCAAGAGGUCACGCAAUGUCCAGAUCACAGUCCAGCCACUCAAGAGCAACAUCACAGUGGCAUUGUCCAGUAACUCCUCAGAGGUCCUAGAGGGCGAUGUGAUCCAGUUGACCUGCUCGGUCUACUCCACUUCAGGCCCCUUGUCUAUUGCCUGGCAGUGGACAGACAAGCAGGCAACUGGACCGCCCCAGGAAGUGGCCUCUGUGGAUCGGGAUGGCACUGUAUGGCACAGUUCUGCCUACAGAGAGCGCUCCAGCUAUGGGGAGAUACGUGUGGAGAAGGUGCGGGGCGACACGUUCACUCUGUCCCUGUAUAAUGCCAUGCCUGGGGAUGAGGGUCAGUACAGCUGCACAGUCACGGAGUGGCUUCAGACCGGCACGGAACCAGAGCUAAACUGGGAUAAGAUAGGAGAGAAGUCUGCCACCAAGACUGUCACCGUUAAGACUGUUGAGUCCUCCUUCAUGGUGUCGGCCUCAUCACGGACACCAUCCGUUACCUUUGGAGACUCCUUUGACCUGCUGUGCCUGGUCAAGCCUCGCCACAACCCUCGCGUUCCCACCUCAGUCACCUGGCGCUUCAUGCCUGCUGGCACAGAAGCCGACGACGAGGAUCAGGGAGAGUUCAAAGACCUGGUGACUUUCACUCGCGAGGGCACGCUACAGUGGGGCGAGCAGCUGCUAGGGCUGGGUACCCGCACCACAGUGGACCGCUCCCACUCUAACACCAAUUUUCGGUUGUCAGUGACCCGCGCAGGUCGCCGCGAGGCGGGCAAGUACCAGUGCACAGCCGUCCUGUGGAGGAGGAACUACGACAACAGCUGGAGCAGAGUAGCCAACCGCACUUCCAACCUGCUUGGCAUCAGUGUCCUACAACCAGAGAGCAAGCUGCGAGUGCAAAAGACCAACCAGUCUCAGGUGUACCUGGAGGACAGUCGUGUCAGGAUCAACUGCUCCAUCGCGUCCCAGACCAGCCAGGACUCCCAGCACGCCGUGCUGUGGUACGUGAGGCGCGCAACCGGGUCAGAGGCAGAUGAGCUCCUGCUGAGAAUUGAACGCUCGGGGGCCUUUGAGUAUGGCGCCUAUGCAGACGAGGAGAGACUGCGUCGCCGAGUGCAGGCCGAGAGGCUGUCACCCCGUCUAUAUGUGCUGACGCUGAACAGGGCAGAGAACAGUGAUUCUGGAACAUACUACUGCUUGGUGGAGGAGUGGCUGAGUGACCCAGAUGGAGCUUGGUAUCGACUCUCCCGGGAGUCCUCAGGGUUCACGCAGGUUCUUGUCAGACAGCCAGAGGUUCGACUGCAGGUGGAGGAAAUGGACUCAAACGUGACAGUGGAAGAGUCUGGCUCCAUCCGAUUGGGCUGUAGCAUUCCCUCCCAGUCGUCCCGAGACUCCCGCUUCUCCGUGUCCUGGUACGUGGACCGCUCUGAAGAUGAGGAAGAUGAGGACCAGCCAGGUGAGGAAGAGAGAGAGCGGGAGUGUGUGUUCUCCAUCGGCCAUGAUGCCGUUUUCGGAAAUGGAAACUGCAGUCCCAGAGAGGAGGCUGGGCCAAAUUCCCGCCUGCAGUUUGAGCGGAUGACCUCUGACCAGUACAGCCUGACCAUUCAAGGAGCACGGCCAACAGACGCAGGCCGAUAUUAUUGCCAUGUGGAGGAGUGGCUACUCAACCCUCGCAAUGCGUGGUACCGACUGACCACUAACAACUCUGGGUUCACUAUCGUCAAUGUGCUGCAACAAGUGUCCUCCCUCCAGUCAGUGGUGUGCUCCAACGACUCCCUCUUCUACUUCGUCUUCUUUUACCCCUUCCCCAUCUUCGGCAUCCUCCUCAUCGCUGUGCUGCUGGUGCGCUACAAGAGCCGCAACAACAGCAAGAGCCAAGAAGGCAAGAACGGCGCCCCCCUCCUGUGGAUUAAAGAACCUCACCUCAGUUACUCUCCCACCUGUCUGGACCCACCUGCGCUCAGCCUACACCCUGGCUCCGUCGACUAAGCGAGGGUCCCGGCCCCCCCCCCCUCCCCUCCCCUGCCUCGUGCACAUAGCGGAUCCAGCCAACACAAUGCCAGGGAGCAGAUCUGGACUCCACCUUCAGAACUUACUGUCGUUCACUGCUGUGUUGAAUUAGUCAAUCAGUUGAUCAGUUUAAAAAUUCCUACCCUGGUGGCUGCCUGUUUAAGUUAACAACAGUGUUUGUUUUGCUCUGUGUGUGGGUGUGUGUGUGGAUUAGAAUGGGUGUGCCAUGUUAGCACGAUUAAUUGUACGAGUGCGAAUUGAAGGGCGAGAGAGUAUCACGAGCCUCUCUCAUUUUUGUUUUCUGUGAAACUUAAUCUCAUAGCUGCAUUUUAAUUUUUAUUACUCUGAAUAUUUGUCUAUUUUUCAAAAGAGAAGAAAAAACUGCGCACAUGGAGAUCACUGGCCAAUCCGGGAAGAACAUUUAAGAGAAGGAACUCUAUAAUCAACUCCGGCACUGAGUGGAUGCCAAAAAAAAGUCUCCGCACUGAUCCAAGAGCAGCCACAGCCUGGCCCACUAUGUUGGUUGCCAUAGUGAUUCUCUGCGCCCACUGACUCCGUAGCUGAAGACUUGGUUGCCAGCCUGCAUAGAGACAAAGGCAAGGACACACAAGUCUGUGUCCUAAGUGAGGAUGUGUGUAUGUGUGUUGGCCCACCUGCCUCCACAAUGAAUUUGCCUUGGCAGACAGAAACAGGUCCUCGUGCGCCACUUAAACACUGCCAGACACUCUGGCCUUAGUGAGAGACUGCUCCGCUCUUUUCUUCUGUCCUCCUCCUUUCUAAAAAGAGACGGUGAGAGAAAGAGGGAGCAAUGUCGGAAAUGAUGGAGAAUAAAUGAACAGUCCUCUCCUGCUGGAGAUAUACGUACUUUGACAUAAGUAUAAUCUUUUUUUUUUUUUUAGUGCCAAGACCUCCUUAUUUCCACUCUGUCCUCUGUGGCUAAUGUUUGAAGUUUUAAAGAGAGGGGGAGAAAGCUGAUUGGUUUUUGAGGCAGAUUGUAAAUAUAUCCGCUCACCUCCUGCUGUGAGUUUAUGGGCCUUGUGGGCAAAAGGGUGAUUUGUACACUCAUGUUACAUCAGUUGAAUUGUCCUGUUUAAUUUACACUUUGGAGGUAACUGACUGCAAUUAAAUUCUUGCAUAUUUCUUUAAGUUGCCCAUACAACCACCUCAUCCUGUCUUUGAAAGAUAUCAGAAGCUCAAAAGAUGCACAUUAGUUUAAAAGAAGACUUUUGAUUUGUUAAGCGCCACACUAAAGAUUACCAAUGUGUAGAUGUGUAGUGAAACCCUCUAAAAAUGUUAUCUGCACAUUAUAAGAAAACAAAUUGAUGGGCAAAUGUUUGACUUUUGUGUUUAUUUUAAAGAUUUUUCUAUUUAUUGUUUUAUACUACUUUGCAUAGCUUUGUAAGAUUUUUCUUUUUGCUUUGAAAUUCUCUAAGAACUGUGCUGCUUGUGUUGCCAGGCAACUGCACCAAGCAGAUUAUGUCAAUAGCCUGUGUGUUGGCAGUGUGGUAGAUGUACAAAUGCUAGAUUUGUCCUGCGCAUUGCAGUCUGUAGCAUUUCACACCAGAUUGUUAAGUUUGGUCAGUGUCAUAACACUGUAUAUCUAUACCUAUAAUGAAAAUUACUGUGGCUUUACAUGUACAUUAGUUGAACAGACAAGUCACAAAAAUUAAUUCACGUAAUGCUUUUUGCUUGAGUCGCGUUUAUUUAGUGAAAAUGUGAUGUAACACCUAGGUAGGAUGUUUGAUCAAAGACAGCUGAAGCUGAACUGUUGAAACGUCUUCUAAUCAUGGAUUCUAGCUAAAGGCGUCAUCCUCGGCUCCCCUGACGCAAGGCAGAAGGGUUGAAAAUCGGUGUCACCUUCCCUGGAAUGCAACUGCCAGGAGAGGUGUGAAAUCCUCCACCCGACCUGGUCCUAACCCUUUCACUGCCAGACUGGACAUGAAAACUCUUGAAAACCUUGACAUUGUUGUCUCAAUUGUGUCAACAUGUAUAUUGCAUGACAAUACUGCAGGAGGAAUUUUGAUGUUUUGUAAACUUUGAACUCUUUGAGCAUUGUGUUUGUGUGACAGAGCAGUGCCCAACCCCCCCCCCGACUUCCUGAGCCAAGAGUCAACACAAAGCCCUGUCCCUCGUCAUUUUUAAUAUUUGACUGCCAUUUCCAGAUGCCCCUUGAACCUGUGAAGUAAUCUAUUUCAAGAAUGGGUGUUGUGGAGAUUGUGUUUGAUAUUAUUGCUCAUAUUCAUUUCAUAUUGUCUUUUUAAUGCUUUGCUUUUAUGCAGCACUUCAUUAAACAGAUUUAUGUAAAAAGUACGUAGCUGAUACUGACACAAGCCACUGAGUUCUGAGAUUUCAGCCUCCUGCACUGUUCUUGAAGGUAACCAGCCCAAGGCUGGUGCUAUUUAGUCAGUGGUUGUGAAUUAAGCUACAAUUAAAUGUCUUCAAAAAGGAAAAAAAAGAACCCAUCGAUUAGCUGCCCGUCUACUUGUUGUUAACCUUUUGUUUACAAGUGUUUUCACAAAAGUAGUAUUGAUGUGGAUAAAUAAUCAUUAGCAGAGAAUUAGGAUGGUGUGCACAUUUAACCUCAGUUGGGUACAAGGUGCCGGACAUAAGCAGCAUAUGGUAAAAGUUAAGUAGUGCACCCAGUGAAUAUGGCAAACUCCCAAGAAGUUGUAAGGCAACAUCUCAACCAUCAAAGUCUUUAUCAGGCAAACAUCCACAUUAGAGAAAACCGAAACUGACAAGAAGAAUUUGAGGAACACAUAAGCCAAAAAGUUAUCCACUAUAUACACAAACUCACAUGGCAACUAUGCUAAAACUGUCUAAAAACCUAUGCAGGGUAUAUGUAUAUAUACAGUAUAAUACACAUUUUUGACAAAUGUACAAUAUUGUGAUUGUGCAUGAGAAAAUCAAUUUGUAAAUAGUCUUAGUUUUUUGUGAUCUCCUCGUUGUAGGUGGAGUUGUCAUUUUCUCUGUAUAUAUGGCCUGUUUUCCUCACACAUGGGUGCCCAACAAAGACCUUGGUGGUCAAAAUGUUGCCUCAUUAAAUUGCAGUAUUCAGUGUGUGGACUACCUCUCUUUUGCCAUUAUAAACAGUCUUUUGCCUCCCGUUGUUAUUUGAUGUGACUUGCGAGUGCAAGUCAAAGGUAUAUAUAUCAAAACUGCAGGAAAGCCCUUGUGUGCAUUUCCAGGCCCCAGUAUCACCAGGAAUAAUUGAUAGAGCUGUUGGAAAGGUCUUAUGCGAUUUGACAGUAAUGGUUGCAUAUCUUAUUGACUUCCAUUUGCAUUGGCAGUAAACGCUAAUGGGGAGCUGAUUUCAGUUUUUCAUGAGCAAAACUACGGGAGCUUGUUUGUCGGUUGAAUGAUUGCCUUUUAUAAAUCUUAAACAUUCCCAGAGAUGCAGGUUGUGUAAAUGGUGCCACUGAACAGCUGCUUCAACUUCAGUGUGUACAUCACAUAUAAUCUUACACUUACUUCAUGCAAAAUUCAUUUGACUUUUAGACUUGAGCCAGGAAGUGCAGGGCGUGGUCGCGGUGUGUGUCAGAGCGCUGCCGCUAUCGCUGGAGCUUGAACAGUUGAACUCUGAAUGAUGUUUUUUGUAGUAAUAAUAUUAUUACCAUCCAUAGCUGCCUCCCAAGAUUCCUCCAGACGUUCUGACAGUGUUGUAGCUGCGUUUUGAGGGCUGCAUGUAUUGGCUGUGUGCUGGCUCCAGAAUUUAGGUGUAAAAUAGUUUGUGGUGAUGUUUUCAGUUUCAGCCAGUGAUGCUUUAUUUUCAGUGAUGUAUUUUUAUAUGACCAUGGUUUAUUUUCUUUUUUCUUUUGUUAUUCUAUCGAAUAGUUGCCACCGUGACCAUUAAAAAGGCACUUUGCUAUUGUCAGUUUAUUGCAAUAAAAUACAUUAAGUGCA